AUGAUAGCUUUACUGAUCCCCAUCUACUUUGACAUGAACGUCGGAUGCACCGAGUCUGUACGAAGAAGACCAGAUACGGAUAUUUCCCUGCUCUUCUUGGCCGAAAACGCAUGCGACGGGUUCUGCGUUGGUGUAUUGAGUACCGUUAAGGCGCAACGCCACAGGGUCUGGUCCCUAUCGCGAAUCUCCAUCGCUCCUGCCCACGCUUUGCAGAUUCAUGUCGUACGAAGGGACUCCCAACUCCACCUGCCCGGUCUCGACUCCGGGGCGUUACGAGUCCCGUCGACCCAUUCGUUGCCAUUGCCCCCCCUUUCUCUCCUACCGUUUCCUCUCCCCGACUUUCUCCUCCUCUCCAACGAGAAACCAUCCUCUAACCACUUUCCUGUUACACCACCACCACCACCACCACCACCACCACCACCACAACCGCCAACGGGAAGAACCAUCUCCAUACUAUCUUGA